AUGACCUCCACCACCUCCCCAAGUUCUAAGAUGCCCCCGCUCUCUACUCUCCUCAAUGCUCUCCAUGCAUUCAAGUCCUCCCCGCGGACUUUCCAAAUCCUCCACACCGUUGGAUCUGUGCCCUCUGCAGCGCUACAAACGCUCUACAUCCUCGAUUCCUCCUUCAACCCUCCCACGCUCGCCCAUUCACGGAUUUGCACCUCCGCUUUGCUGCAAGAUCCUCUCCUCAACGUCGGGCAAGGUCAUGGGAGUAGAUCAAGACUGCUACUUUUGUUGGCGACUCAAAAUGCAGAUAAACCACCCAAGCCUGCCGGCUUUGAGCAGAGGGUGGGUAUGAUGUGCGUGCUUGCGAAGGACAUUCGUGAUCAAGUAGGAGAAAUGACAGGCAGAGGACGACAAGGGAUGAGGAGGAUGGAUGAUAGGGAUGACAACCAGGGUGAAGAGGAAGACAGAGACCUGCUGAGUAUUGAUGUUGGGGUUGUAAAGACGCCGCUGUUCAUUGACAAGGUGAAGGCGGUGACGGAGUCGGGCGUUUAUCAUUCGAAAUCAGAUGAAGAGCGACAGCCAAGCCAGGUUCAUCUGAUUGGAUUCGACACUCUUAUUAGGCUGCUGGAACCAAGCUAUUAUCCUGAUAAAACAUUGAAGCCGUUGGAGGAAUUAUUCGGGAAGCAUAAAGUCAGGGUUUCGAGACGGAUAGAGGAUGCGUGGGGAGCGGGCGAGGAGCAAGGGAAGUUCGUAAGGGCGCUUGAAGAGGGAAGCAAGGAAGAACAUGGGUUUCAGCCGGAGUGGGUUGAGAAGAUUGAACUGGUUGAGGGGAGAGGGAUGGAUGAGGAGGCGAUUAGUUCGACAAGGGUGAGGGACGCUGUGAGAGAAGGGGAGGAGAAGAUUCUGCAAAAGCUGAUUACAGGGCCUGUGGGGCAGUGGAUCAAGGACGAGGGCUUGUAUAAGAAUAGGGGCUAG